AUGGAAUUAUCUCCCAGAGCUGCGGAACUAACGAAUCUAUUCGAAAGUCGAAUUAGGAACUUUUACGCGAAUUUUCAAGUGGAUGAGAUCGGUCGAGUGGUCUCAGUUGGAGAUGGGAUUGCACAAGUUUAUGGAUUGAACGAGAUUCAAGCUGGGGAAAUGGUUCUUUUUGCCAACGGUGUGAAAGGAAUGGCCUUGAAUCUUGAGAAUGAGAAUGUCGGGAUUGUUGUCUUUGGUGGUGAUACCGCUAUAAAAGAAGGAGAUCUUGUCAAGCGCACUGGAUCUAUUGUGGAUGUUCCCGCGGGAAAGGCUAUGCUAGGGCGUGUGGUCGACGCGAUGGGAGUACCUAUUGAUGGAAGAGGGGCUCUAAGCGAUCACGAGCAAAGACGUGUCGAAUGUAAACCUGAGAUUUUCAAGAGUUGGCUUCCGCUGAUUUUGAUUAUUAAGCGUAACGAGACUAAAAGAGUCGUGAAGCGAGUCGGAAAGAAAGAGGCGAAUCUACAAGAGUCUUAUUUUUUAUAUGUUAACGGGCGGAGAUUAAGAGGUAGGCAAGUUGGUAGGCUCCGGAGAAUAGAAUGCAAUGGAGGGCCUAACGCCUAG